UCCAAUCUGACAUUGAUGAUUGAUUUAACCGAUAAUGAUCUGAAUUCAAGUAGUUUUGAACCAGAAUCAUUUCUUGGUGCUAAAAGACCAUUAAAAAUUCAUCUUGGAUUAAAUGGCUGUAAUUUGAAAUUGGAUCAUUUAUCUGAAGAAAUUUUUCGUCCAUUUUUGGAUGAAAAUCUUAAAAAUACUAUCGAUGUUGGCCGUCAUUGUUUCAAUCUUCAAUGUGGUUGUCGUAUGGCAUGGACAUUAUCGGAACGUUAUCGAUUACGUGUGAAAAAUUUCCGCUGUUCAAAUGAUCGAAAUAAUACCGUAUAUUUUAGUGAUUAUAUGCGUAAUAAAACCUGUCCAUAUUAUAGACAAACAAAAUCGACAACGGCACCAACACCACAAGAUACAUCGAUAACUAUAACUGAUCAGAUAAAAGCAAAUGAAAUACCCAUAGAUUCAAAAGAUUCAUAUCGAAAUGGUACAACGGUAAUGAUGGAAACAAUAACAUUUGGUGAUCAUCAUCGUGAUUAUUGUUCAACGAAAAAAUGUUCAAAACAAGGAAUCGAAAUGAAUACAUAUAUUAAUCGUUCAGUUGAUCCAUGUGAAUCAUUCUAUGAUUAUGCUUGUAAUGGUUGGGAAAGUAAACAUUUAUUAGAAUAUCUAGUACAAUUCUUAUCGAAUGGUGGAUCAGAAUAUGAUAAUUUUGUUAAAGUUCAAUUGAAAAUUGAAGAAAAUUUUGAAAAAUUACUCACAAUUGAUCAAGUUUUAUUGUUACCGCCGAAAAAUAUCACUUCAUCAUUGUCCACAACAACGCAGCCACCAUCAAUUGAAUUGCCAUCAAAAUUUGAGAAAACGAUACUAGCUACCAAUAUUCGUACAAUGUAUACGAAAUGUAUAUCGGCAACAAAAGAACCAGAUUUUGAUAUUUUAAAUCAUGUAUUACAAGAUAUUGGCGGUUGGCCAUUAUUAACAAAACGUUUUGAUCGUGAUCAAUAUCGUUGGGAAAAUUAUUUCCAUACCAUUGUCAAUCAAUAUAAUGAUCAUAUAUUCAUUGAAUUGGAAUCAAAUAUUGAUGAAAAACAAAUGAAAUAUUUAAUGAUCAAAAGCGGUGGUUUCAUUGUGUCACAUCGUAAAUUAUUAUCAGUAAAAUUGAAUCGUUUAGAAUCAUAUGCUAAUUAUAUACUUGCAACGGCAUCACAUUUUGGAGCUAAAAAUCAUCAAAACGAAACAAUGGAUGAAGUAUGGGAAAUGAUUAAAUUUGAAAAACAAUUAGCCAAUAUUGCUAAAAAAAGUAUGGGACCAGAAUUUAUGAUACAACGAAAAAUGGAAACAUUAGGAUGUUUAAUACAGGAAAUUGAUUGGCUUUACGUAUUGAACAAUAUACAACGUACACAUCGUAUAAUGAAUGAUUCGAAUUUUGCUAAAACCAAACUAAUGUUUGAUGUUCAUUAUUUGAUUGAAUUGAGCCGAUUAUUAGUACGUACUGAUCAACGUAUUAUUGCCAAUUAUAUUGGCUGGCGUGUUAUGGAUUCAAUUGGUUAUCAAUUUGGUGGCACAACAUUCAUAGAUAUACAGCAAAAUUUUUAUAGCACCGAAUCAAGAGAAGGAUUAAAAGCAAUGAAAAAACAAUGUUUAGAACCAUUGCUACAAUCGAUACCAUAUUUAAUGGCAAGAAUUUUUGCCGAAAAAAAUCUACCAUCAAGUGCACGGCAAAAUGCCCAGCAAAUAAUUGAAACAGUGAAAAAUUCGUUUAUUGAAUCAAUGAGAAAAAAGAAUUGGAUCGAUGAACCUAAACGUGAAUUGAUUGAAAAAGUAGAAAAAAUCAAUAUCAAUGUCGGUUAUCCAGAUUGGGUGAUGGAUGAUGAAAGUUUGGAAAAUUACCAUAGUAUUCUGAAUUACACGAUACCGGAAAAGAAGAAAAAUAAUUUAACUACAUUGAUGAAAUUCUAUUCAAAGGUACAGGAAUGUAAAAUUUUACAUCUAUUAUCACAGAUUGGUGAACGUGUAAAUAAAAGCCAUUUUUGGGAUCCAUUACCAUUACAUGUUGGUGCUACAUAUGAUUAUGUUGGACAUAUGAUCACUAUUCCAAUGGGAUUAUUACAACCACCAUUCUAUGAAGAUGAUCGUCCAUUCUAUCUAAAUUAUGCAUCAUUAGGAUCAUUUUUUGGCCAUGAAAUGGGUCAUUCAGUUACACCACGUUAUAGUGAAUUUGAUCAAUUAUUACCACCAUGGAGUAUGAAUAUUCUUAAAGAUUAUCUAUUUAAAGCACAAUGUUUUGUAUCACAAUAUACAAGCUAUUAUGAUAAAGAAGCUGAUUUACAUCUUGAUGGCACACGAACAUUUGAAGAAGAUAUGAGUGAUUUAGCCGGAAUACAAGCCGCCUAUUAUGCUUAUCAAGAUGUGGCGAAACGUUUUUUGGCUAAUCAAACACCAAAUGGUACCAUUUCCAAUGGACAAUCACCACAAUCGAUGGCUAUCCAUGUUCAAAGAAUUCAAGAAUUACCAGAAUUUUCUAUUGAUAUGUUAUUUUUCAUAUCAUUUGCACAGAAAUGGUGUCGAUUUAGUACACAUGUACAGACACGGAUUCGUAUAUCGAAAUCUGUUCAUUCACCAGGCAAAUAUCGUGUAAAUGGUGCUCUCAGUAAUUUGGAUGCAUUCGCUAAAGCUUUCAAUUGUCCAAUUGGUUCAGCUAUGAAUCCGGCGAAACGUUGUGAAAGUUGGUGAAAUUUUUUUUCUUCUAGUUUAGCUCAUAAUUUAAUCAUUGUUUUUCGUGCGUCGUAUUUUGAAUUUAAUUUAAAAUUUAAAAUUUAAAAUUGGAUAAUAAAAUUAUAAAAAAAUGUUAUCAUUUGGAAUAAUGUUUGAAUCCAUUGUUAG